AUGGAAAGCUUUUCUUUUUACCAAGAAGCAAUUCCUUGCUCAGGGAUCUCAAACGCCCUUAUUGGAAAUUUUUCUUCAGAGAAUUCUGAGCUUUUGGUAGCAAAAAAUAAUUUGCUGGAGCUUUACACAUAUGCCUGCCCACUUAGGCUGAUAUGCAAAUUUCCUUUACAAGGCGAAGUGGAUUCCUUAACAAAACUGGCCCAUUCUAGCUUUAAAACGGAUUUAGUGAUUAUUGUUUGUAAAGAAGCCCAAAUAACUACACUAAUUUAUAAUGAAAAAGUGAAUUCUUUUGAAAUUGUCGCUUUGCAUUCUUUUGAGAAUGAAAAAGGCAUCAAAGAAGUCAGGAUCAUGCAGGAUCCUGACAGCCGAUGUGUGGCUGGGAAAUUAUUAUCAAAUAGAAUGUUUGUAAUUCCUGUAAAAAACAUAAAAACUGUUGUAAAAGAAGAACAGUAUACACAUAGCUUGUUGGGAAAUGAAUAUUAUAAGCCAGUGUUUAUCAUUGAUAUCCCGAUUUUCGCUAAAAGUAUGGCAAUGCUCAAAGGGUUUGUAGACCCUGUGCUGGCUGUUCUUCAUAGCCCAAAACCAAUAGAGCUGGCCAUGCAUGUGAAAUUUUUGAGCAUUAAUUUGAAGAAAAAAGAAGUGACAUUGCAAAAAGAAGUGGGAGGGCUGCCUGGCGACUGUUUUACUUUGAUUCCACUGCAUGCACCUUUAAAAGGAGUUUUGGUACUUGGGCAUAGGUCAAUUCAUUAUAUAGGAGAAAGCGCUCAGAGAGAGUCGAAUAUGAAUUAUUAUCUUUAUAAUUCCACUUAUGAAUUUAUUCUAAUAUAAAUAAAUGUAGCCAUUAAUUAUCAUCAGAAUAUAUUAAAUUUUUUUAUUAUUCCUUAUUCUUAACCCAACUAAAAAUAGUAUAUAAACCCUCACAAGCUCUUAUUAUUGCUAUGCACAGGAGAACUUAUUUUACUAUCCCUAAAUUAUAUGGAAAGAGAUGAUGGUUAUAUUCUUGACGACAAAUCAGAAAUAAUUGAAAGCAUCAUCUCAUUAGAAUUGCAGUGCCAAUACAACGCUUAUGAUUCCCAGCUAUUAUUUGCAAACGAAUUCUUAUUUAUAGCUUCCAAAAUCCAUGAUUCCUUUCUAUUUAAGCUCUCUAAUCAACAAAUAAAAGAUGUGGAUAUGGACGAAGAUGAAGAAAUCAGAAAAAAAAAGCACGCUAUAGCCCAGCUGAAUUAUUCAAUUGAAAAAUGUGAUGAACUUGUUGGGUUAAGCGGAGCUAUAUGUUCUUUAGCUGUUAAAAGAAACAGAAGUGAUGGAGAAACUGUAAAAGAGCUUUUUGUCUGCCAUGGCUAUGGCAAAAAUAGCUAUAUUUCAAAAGUGAGUUUAACACUUCAGCCUUUUAAAUAUGAAACUUUUGACGAAGAAACUUUCCCUGAUAUACAAAAAAUAGUCAGAUUGUCCAGCAUAAGUGCCCCAAGAUCUAAUAGAGAUCUUUAUAUAAUAUAUCUAAUUAUAAUGAAUAUAAAGCAAUCAAACUUAUAUAAGAUAGGAUAAAAGCUCAUCGUCAUGAAUGGUUUUAUUCAUUGUAAUUAAGUAUAAUAAACAAGCAAGAAAAAGAGUCUAAUAUAACAGAAUCCACUAUUUUACAGAUAGAUGAAAGUAUUGAAGAAGUCAGUGACAAUAAAGAUUUUUUUACUGAUAGAGAAACUGUAGGCGCUGGAAGAAUAAAUGAGGAAAUUAUUUAUCAAUGUCACGCAGGCGGCUUAAGACUGCUAAAUAAUGAAGGUUUAAUUAUUAGAGAUAUUCAAAAAGCAGGAGUUUGGCAAGUUACUUCAGUAGAUGAAUAUUUAACAUUUUUAUUUGAUGAUGGGACUGAAUGAAUAAUAAAAUGGAAUUGCUGAAUUAGUUCUCUCCGAGAGCAACUCAACCCUCAAUCACCCCAGUAAAAAGUAAAUUCUUUCUUAUUCAUGGCGUUUUUAGUGUAAAAUUUUCAAAUAAUAAAUUUUAUAUAAAUAAUCGAAAUUUGCUUAUCACUGGGAAAUGCAUUUCAAAUACCACAGUAAUAAGCAAAAAUCAAACUAUUCGCAUAAAAUUUACUAUAGCCCAUACCUAUAUAGAUUUCUUUAUCGAGCAACGACUGAAUAACCAAGUCAGACUCUAUCAAAGAGACAAGCUGGAUCUCUAUACUAGGAAGGGUUAAAAAGUGACAUGCCCCAAAAAAUUGUUGACAAAUGUGAACAAAGUUGACAAGAAAACGUUCCAAUUUUUAAAAUAGCUUUAUUAUAAAAAUUAAUUUUAAACUAAUGCCUUUUAGACUGACAUUGAUGAGCAUCUUACCAUAUUUUUCAUAUUUUUUAUUGAAUUAAAUAUUAUUAUAUAUCAUAGAAAAUUAGAUAUCGAUAGAUUAUUCCCUAGUAUAAUUUCAGAGUUGCUACGACCUUUAAAGGCUAUAGAGAGAUAGCUAAUAGAGAAAUGUUUGCGUUUCAAUUAUGAUUGAAACUAUAUAUUAAAAAUUGGAUAUUUGAAGUGCAAUACAAAAGCCAUAUAAAGAUGGCAUUGCAUCAUUAGGAAUUUUAUUUCAAUAAAAAUAAAGAGUCGCUACGAACUUUAAAGCAGUAAAGAGAACUAGCAGAGUGAUGCUUAUGUUGCAAUUCUCAUCGAAAAUCGUCAAUUAAAAAUUUGACUUUUUAAAAUUCAAUUUAAAAGCUAUAUAAAGAUGGCAAGAAAUUUUACAUAUAAAUUUUUUCAAAUAAAAAUUAAGAGUCGAUAUCACACUUUAAAGCUUUAAAAGAGCACUAUAAGAAUAAUAAUUAUGUUUCAAUUACAAUUGAAAUCGACUAUAAAAAGCUUGAUUUUUAAAAUUCCCAUAGAAAGUAAUAUUAAAGUUGGAGUUAUAUGCUCAUUUAAGGAAGUGAUUAUAAUUUACUUUAGUGUCUUAAAAAAGAAGGAAAAAAUAGGUAAGAUACUCAGCAGUGUCAGUCUAAAAAAAAUCUUUAAUUUAAAAUUAAUUUUUAUAAUAAAGCUAUUUUAAAAAUUGGCGCUUUUUCUUGUCAAUUUUGUUUACACUUGUCUACCAAUUUUUGAUAUGUCAGUUUUUUUACACUUCCUGGCAUAGAAAUCCAGCUCGUUGCUUUGAUAGAGUCUUACAUGGUCACCAGUUCUGAGUUAAAAGGGUGGCCUAGGCAUCCUAAAUCAUCCUGCUGAAGAAAAGGAAACACAUUAAAAUCUAAGUUAAUGAAUACAAAUAAGAUGACGGGACUGUAGAAAGCUUUAAAAUAUAUAGAGACAGAGAAGAAAAGCUGCCUAGUAUUGAAGGACAAGGAUUUUCAAUUUCUAUGUGUGAUUUAAAUAACGAAAAAAUUAUUGCCAUAGCCAAAUCUGAUGGCGGCUUACAACUAUUUAACGUUAUUACAGGCAAACUCCUUCUAUGAGCAAACCAUGCAUGUGAAGGCCCUGCAAUCAUAAAUUCUGAAGAAACUUCUGAUAUUCCAAUAUCAGAUCUUUCAAGAAAGGUGCAAAAUUUUGCUCAGUUCGAGAAUGCUUAUAUAUCAGAGAUUCACAUUAGGGCUUUUGGAAAUAUUCUUGUGUUGUGUGGGAUGGUAAAUACAGGUGAAAUUCUCAUAUAUAAAAGUUUUGGAAAUUUUAAUUUCUCAAGGGUAACUUCUUCACUAUUUUUAGGUCCAGCAGAAUGGGAUCAUGAUAGGCAUUUUUUUUCUUUACCCCAAGGAAUUUUUGUAGCGUGCAGCUCUAAUAAUUUUUUGGUUACUGUAAAUCAGGAAAGAGAUAGAGUUCAUAUUCACCCAAGCUUAUUUAAUGGGCAAAUAAAAGCAAUGUGCUCUUUUAAUCAUGCGGAUUGUCCUAAUGGAUUUAUAUAUAGAGAAAAUGAUAUAUUAGUCAUAGGAAGAUUUGAAGAUUCUAUUAGUGCUGCACUUAACCAAGAAGUUCUUAUGAUAAGAAAAAAUUGCUCGGAAACCCCUAGACACAUAAUUGAGUAUGGAAAUUAUACAGUUUUGAAUAAAAAAUGGCAAUAAAAAUAGAUAAUAAAUAAAUACGUUUUGCUAACUCCCCCCCCUCCGUGAGUGAACAAAACCAUUAGAAAAAUCGCUAUUUUUUGCCCAAAAACCCACCCUCCGUGAGUGAACAAAAAUUUUUUUAAUAGAAAAAUUUUUUUAUGGAAAAAAAAUUUUAAUAUAUAAGUGAUAAUUAGUAUAAUGAAAUCUAGAGCUAAUUCUGUUUAAUUUUAAACGAAUUGGUUUUUAAAACAUAAAAAUUUUAUAAAUUAAAUUAAUAUUUGCUUUCCAAUUUUCGCGAAUUAGGAUUUUUAAAUUUCGAAAAAAAAUAUUUUUUAUAAAAUUUAAAUAUAAAUUGUUUUAAAAAACAAAAAUUAACCCCCCUCCGUGAGUAAACAAAAUUUUUUUGUUCACUCACUGAGGGGGGGGGAGUAAGUGAUUAUUAUAAAAGGCUUAUAUAAUUGUUUCUUUUUUUACUGAUAAAGGCGAAAUUCUUUAUAAUUUAAGAGUUUUUAUGCAGAAUGAAGAAACUGGUCUUACUGAGGUGAGCUCAGUCCAGCAAUUUUCUGCAAAUGAAAUUAUCCUGUCAAUGUGCAUUGUGAAAUUUUCAAGAAAAUUAAAUCCACCUUUUGAGUAUCUUGCUAUAGGGACUGGAAUGGCUGCGACUGAAGAUACAACAACGCAAGGGAGACUUAUUUUAUUUGCUCUAGACCAGAAUAAGCUUGUAUAUCAGCCCUUGCAUAAGAAGCCUGGGCUAAAAGGUGCGAUUUCUUCAUUAGGAAAUAUUGAUGGGUAUUUAUUGGUAGGUGUUGGCUCAGAAAUAAAAAUAUUUAUAUUUGUUGAUGAGGAAGGAAAAGAGUGGUUGGAGCCGAUUUCUUUUUAUUAUGGCUAUACGAUGGCAACUGGGAUGGAUAUAGAAAAUAAUAUGAUUCUGUGUACUGAUACUAUGAACCAAAUGUAUAUAUAGAGAUUUUCCUAUAAUUGUCCAUCAGUUUUAUAGAAGAGAUUUAUAUGGAAAAUAUAUAAAAAAUAUCAUACUUUCAUAUGAAGAAGCCAAUAGCCAAAAGAACUUGCAAUUAAAAGGUCAAUAUUUCCGCGAGCUAUUCCCAUUAGCAGCUUCAUUUAACGCAAACCGCCAAGUAAUUGCUGAUGGUUUUCGAAAUAUCCAUAUUUUCUUAUGCAGAUCUGAUUCUGAUAAAAUCGAGAAAGUUGGAGACUUGCAUACAGGGCUAACAGUUUAUACAUUUGCUAAAUGUGAUGAAGCUUUAUUAAUGAUGAGCCAAGAAGGUGCAAUUUCUGUAUUGACAGCCACAAACGAAAUGCUUUAUAAAAAGAUGCACACUUUACAAAACGCUUUAUUAGAUGUGCUUCCAUACAACGCUGGGCUUAAUCCAAGAGGAUAUAGACUUUGCUCGACUCAAGAAAGAGAAAGGCAAAGGAAAAGUGUGCUAGAUUUGACACUUGUCUUUUCUUUUUGCUAUUUGUCAGCACCUUUGCAGAGAAUGAUUGCAAGGAAUAUUGGAACGACCCCACACAAUAUUUUAAAGGAAAUGCAAGAAUUAAAAACUCAUCAUUUUAUUUAA